AUGAUUCAGUUAGCCGCGACAGCGGGUGUAUUGAAUCUCUUCCCAGUAGAGUCCCACAUAGCCCCACCCUCGGGAGGCAGCGUACCCAUCCCAGAGCCCCCCAAGGGCUAUAAGUCCUCCCAAGAAAAAGCUUCCACUCAGGAGUUCAGCGGCUUCACACCUCCACCUCCCAAAGAGAGUGUAUCUUCAUCGUAUAAGCCGAUCAAUCUGGACUAUAAACCUCUGCACGGCGAUGAGAGGGAUGAUCCUUAUGCCUCGGAAGACUUCUCGAAGUUCGCCUCAUCAGUGCCAGCCGAGGAACCCGGUUUUAAAGAUGAUUAUUGGAUGAAGGUAAGCAGCGGAAGAUGGAUCUCCAACCCGAGGGCAAGGGCGUGCUAUCAAAGCAUUCUGAUGGGCGGCAAGAUGGGAGGUGCUGUAGGAGGCAUCUUCGGGGUGCUUGCAGGUGGAUAUAGCAUGGUGGCGUAUAGGAACUUUUGGUAUCUCCCGAUGAGCAUCAUUGGCGGGGCUGCGAGUUUUGGUUUCUUCUUGGGGUGUGGUAUGAUUAUCCGUUGUGAUGAAUUACGUGGCGCGCGGUCAGAGAUUGGUGUGGAGGACUACAGAGGACCUCAGCAUCUCAUGUUCUAUCCUAUUGAUGGUAUGAGGUAUCUCAGCAGCUUGAAAGAGGAGUAA